UUCUUUCUCAUCUUCCUCUGCAAUCGUUUAAAUUACUCUCUCUCACUUUGGCCCGGGUGUAGUUGGUCUCGCGACUUUGAGCAGAUGGUGUCACCUAGUAAUAGGUAAAACCGCAUCAAACAAGUCAUUGUCUCCCAGAUUCCCGGUUUCUUUUCUCCUCAUAGUUCUCACAACAGAUUCUUCACGUUUACGUUUCAAUGUCUUGCCGGAUUUAGCAUCGGUUUGAAAAUUUAUGGGCCACAUGGCCGCCAUUUUUCCCGGUAAAAAACGGACUUCGAUCCCGAUCUUUUAUCGGCCAUCAGGACCGACAAUUAAGUAAUUUGUGUCGGACAUUUACUACUUUUAUCGGAUAAUCCGACAUUACCGACACUUUUCAAGAACUCUGAAAUAUGAAUUAAAACGUAAACGUGAGUUUCCGUCUGCUUGGCAAUCAGAGUUUGAUGGUUUAGCUGACACUGACAAUGGAAUGAUUUGCACUAUGUGUCAAAAAUUUCGCGGUAUUGCCGGGAAUUCAUAGUUUCUUGCAGACCAAACAAAGAAAGCGUCCUAGAAAACCAAGAAAAGAGCGGUUAUGGAUGACUGAGAGAGAGGCAAGAGCGCCCUGGAUGUACCUGCCCUAUCGCUAUGAUCCGUGGAAUAAGUCGGACUCGGAUUCAGACAUGGAAGAUGAGAUGGGCCAUGAUGAUUUGGAUGAUGAGGUUCUGUUUGGGAGUCUUCGUGGAAACAUUGUUGGGAUUCGUUAUUACAAUGGAAUCGUGAACAACAAUGAAAUGGUGGCCCUGGAGAGAGAAACCCACAAUAAGUAUGAUAGAAAUGCUAUUAAAGUAGUCAAUGUGGUCCACCUGCAAGUGGGACACAUUAAACGAGAACAAGCUGCUGCGUUGGCGCCUAUUAUGGACAGCGGUUUGGCAAGAUUGGAAGGCGUUGUACCCUUUGGAAGUCAGAAUGAAUUCAGUAUGCCUGUAGACAUUACUCUGUGGGGUAAGCCAGUGCACAAGCAGCAGACUAUUACAAGACUUGAGAGGAGUGGAAUGAAGAUAAAGGUGGCCAGUGACUCUGCUGGUGUGAGAGGGGACAUGGGAUCCUUACCAGGGUCAAGCUCAGGAUUUACGUAUGGAGUGGUGUCAAACAGGAGAACGUUUCUAACUCCAGCAGAGGUGAAAAAUGAACUGGACAAGCUGUUUGAGAGUCUGAGUGAAGGCGACAAGACGACAUUAUCCGAGCCUGCAGAGGCAAUAUCUAGCUCUAUGUACAAACAUCAGAAACAAGCUCUUCAUUGGAUGAUACAGAGGGAAAAUGGAAAUCAACUUCCUCCAUUUUGGGAGAACAGAAAUGGGCUAUAUUUCAACUCGGUGACCAUCUUCACAACCAAAACAAAACCAAAAAGUGUCUUUGGUGGAAUACUGGCUGAUGACAUGGGCCUUGGAAAGACUUUACAAACAAUUGCCCUGAUAUUGUCAAACUUCAAGGAUGGGAAACCUCUUGCUGUACCGGUUUCUGGGAAAGUUCGCCAGUCGAAGGUAUUACGACUACAACAGAAAGCACAGAGAAUGGAGGAAUACAAGACCACUCCAAGUAAAGCAAAGAAGGCCUUCAUGAUGAAAGGAAACCCCAGUGAGAAUAUUGAGGACACAAAGCGCUCAGUCUGCAGAAAACGAAAAUAUCUGUUUGAUUUGUCUAAAUUCCACAAUGCAGUGGAUGAGAUUUCUGAUGAGGAGAGCACAGAUAUGGAGGAGGAGUCUGAUUGUGAAGGUACUACAAAUGAACAGGUCAUGCUGAAGAAAGAGGAUCCUGAAUUCAUGUUAUCAAAGAAUACCAUAAAGCUAGAGAAAAUUGCUUCUCCCAUCGCCAGCAGAAGAGUAAGGAGAAACGUGAAGAAGCCGAUUAGAUACACAUACAGCAGUGGAGAGGAGGGUGAAGAGAGGGAUAGUUCAACAAAAAGAGCAAAGGUCAACCAUGUAGAGAAAGAAAACUUGCUGGAGCCUACCACUGCAAGAAAAGGUCAAAAGCUGGGCAAAGGAAAGGGGAAACAGCUGCUGAAGUCUGUGGAUCAACGCUGUGAAGGUCACGUGACUAAAUCUAUAGAGGACACUCCGACCAAAAACGACUACGUCCAUGUAGUCGAUAUGAGAAGAGAUCAAUAUGGUUCAGACGCAAAGAAUUAUGGAAGUCCGAACAAGUUACAUACCUCCACGUCAGAGUUAGACAGGAGUGUAAAUUUGUCCAGCACUGAAGAUAGAGGCCAGUCAUCCCGUGAAGAUAGAGGCCAGUCAUCCAGUGAAGAUACUAGUAGGCAGAUAGGAAAACAUUUAAUCGAAGAUGUGGCAACAAAUGCUGGUAAUAAUCCACCAGUGCCAAGUGAUAAUGUUUCAUGUCCAAACUGGACAACUGAGGGGGUGGGAUGUGGACGAAAGAUUGAAAAGGAGCAGAGGUUUUGUUCAAUGUGUGGGUGGAGGAUUAAUACAGACAUCUUCAAAGAGAAUGCGAAGAUGUGUCACAACAAACUAGAGGAAGGCAGGGUUUGUGAAAAUGUUGUCUUCCCUCCUCAAAAGUUUUGUUCAAAUUGUGGAAAACAGCUGUCCUUUACUGGUAGUACAUUUAAGUUGGCCAAUCCACUUAAUGGGGAGAAGGAUACAGAGAAAGAAAAGCCUUCAACAGUUUCAUCAAACAAUAGCUUGCCAACUCCACUUGCCAGUGUGCUGAAUCCAACUGCAAGGCCAUUUGUACCAGGUCAGCCAGUGUUGAUGACCCCGCAGAAAAUGAGAUCUACGUCAGUUUCAGAUGGUCAGCAUGGUCCUUCAUUACCAUCCUUGCCUGAAGUGUCAACAUGUGCGGAACAAAUCACAGGUCAUGAACUUCCAGACAUAGAUGUGCCUGCCCCUUGUUCAACUCCAGGCAGUAGUAAGUGCGGGAAAUUCUCGGGAAGAACACCAACGACUGGGGCCCGAGCCACCUUGAUUGUCUGCCCAUUGUCUGUGAUGAGCAACUGGCUGGACCAGCUGGAGGACCACGUCCAUGAAAAUGUCCAUCUGGAUAUUUACACUUACUAUGGUUCUAGUAGAAUCAGGGACCCGGCUGUGCUGACCAAGCAAGACAUUGUCCUCACAACCUACUCCACACUCUCCUGUGAUGCAAAGGGUGACAGUGCACUACAAAAAGUGAAGUGGUUGAGGGUGAUUUUAGAUGAAGGACAUGCAAUCAGAAAUCCUUCUGCCCAACAAACCAAGGCUAUAUAUGCCCUGCAGGCUGAAAGAAAGUGGGUGCUUACAGGAACACCCAUCCAGAACUCCAUCAAAGAUUUGUGGUCAUUGAUCAACUUCCUCCAGAUAAGUCCCUUUACAGACCGGCAGUGGUGGACCAGAGCGAUAGAGAGACCGCUGGAACAAGGAAAUGAGAGUGCUAUCAAACGUGUUCAGCAUCUGAUGGGAGCCAUUGCUAUGAGAAGAACUAAGAAUCAGAUGGUGGAUGGGAAGCCUAUUGUGGAGCUGCCUGACAGAAAAGUGUUUGUGGAGCACGUCAAACUGUCAGAGGAAGAGAGAUCUGUUUAUGAAGCCAUGCAGAACGAAGGCAAAAUCAUAGUUAGCAGAUACUUCCAGCAAGGUACCCUGCUGCAUCACUAUGGAGACAUCCUUGCCAUUUUGAUGAGGCUGAGACAGAUGUGUUGUCACCCCCUUCUGGUUGCCAAGGCUGCUGCUGCCAUGAAAGAUAUCCUAGGUGAAGUCGAGACCACUGGUGGUAUGAAUGACAGUUUGAGACAGAAGCUGGUGGAGACUUUGAUGAUGGUGCUUCACUCGGGGUCAGAUGAGGAGUGUGCUAUUUGCCUGGACUCACUAAAGCAUCCCAUCAUCACUCGAUGUGCCCACGUUUUUUGUAGGGGAUGUAUCGAGGCUGUCAUAAAGAAUGAGAUGCUUAAUGCCAAAUGUCCAUUGUGCCGUGGGGAUGUGUCUAUAGAGACUCUGACUGAGGUCCCAGCGGAGCAAGCAGAACAGAGUGUAGCGGAGGUUGCCACCGCUGGAGAGUGGAAAUCUAGUACCAAGGUGGAUGCUCUGAUGAAUGGAUUAGUCAAGCUGAGAGAGGAGAACCCUGGAGUAAAGAGUCUGGUGGUGUCACAGUUUACCAGUCUACUGACACUGUUGGAAAUUCCCCUGAGUGCUCUAGGCUUCAGCUUUGUGAGGUUGGAUGGGAGAAUGUCCAUGAAGCAGAGACAUCGAGCAGUAGAGGAGUUUUCUAAUCCUGCCCCAGGCUCUCCCACCAUUAUGUUGCUGUCCCUCAAGGCUGGUGGGGUGGGGAUCAAUCUGGUAGCCGCCUCGAGGGUGUUUUUGAUGGAUCCGGCUUGGAAUCCGGCUUCAGAGGAACAGUGCUUCGACAGGUGUCAUCGGCUGGGUCAAACCAAAGACGUGAUUGUUACAAAGUUUGUUGUGGAAGAUUCGGUAGAGGAGAGAAUGAUGGCACUACAGGACCAGAAGAGGCAGCUGAUGCAGGGGGCGUUUGAGCAGAAGAAACAUAGUGCUGAGGAGAAGCGGACUAACAGAAUCCGAGACAUCAAAACCCUGAUGGAUCUGUAAAUCUGCUGAAGUGUCGGAACAAAGAUAGCAAAUUGAACUCUGUGUAGAUAUAGUUACAAGUGCUGUCCGUGCAUACUUCUCUUUAAAGUCUGCAUUAAAUAAGAAGCUUUGAAAAAUGGGACAAUGUUAUAUAGUAUCAAAUCAUAGACAAUUGAAUACUGUGGCAUCAAUUAAAUUGGGGGGGGGGGGGGGGGGGGGAUUUGUGGAUUGAUAAGAUUUCCAUCUUCUUUGGGAUGUGAUUUUGUGGAUGUGUCUUCUUUAAGUGAAACAUUAGAUGAAUCCUUUGUAGGUUGGUAAGGUAAUUCAGGAAAUCCACGAAAUUUAAGAAAAUUGAAGCCCCCAUGACGUCUUGGUUUUGCAGUUUACUUUAGAUUGUGUUGAUGGUGUAUCAAUGGUAGUGACAGUUUUUUUGUGCCUGUAAUUUGACAUGUGUUUUACCACUGUUUGCCUGUCUGUCUGUGAACAGUUCAGUUUUCAUGCGCCCUUCUUUAGACGGGGCGUAUUAUGGUAUGGUGAUCGUGUCUGUCCGUUCCGCUUCAAUUAUCAUUUUCAAUACACAUCUUUGUUAUACUUCUUGAUGAUGGUGAGUUGUGUAUGUGUUGUGUAACGUGGAUGAAGAGCUGAACAGGAUGUACUUUCAACAAUAUUCUUUGUCAAUUUACGGGUCAGUACAUGUAUUAAGUUAGCCCUAACAUUUAUUGGAAUUGAAAAUGUAUUCAGAAAUUUCAAAAGUUAAUGUGAGAACAUGUCAGACUCGGAUGUUUCAACAAUAUAGAUUUUGAGAAAUACUACCAUUGGAUAUAAUGAAACAUACAUAUUGCAAUGUUUCAUUAUUCUUUGAUUUUUCCUGAUAUGAUAAGAGGGUAUCAUUGCCUAAGAGAUCUUGCGAAAGUUCUUUUUUCUGGAUCCUUCAGUGCCUAUUCUUCCUGUGGAUCUGCUGGAGUGUUGUGUGCAGUGCAUUGAUUUUCAUAUACUGUGGUGCUACAUGUACAGUUCAUCAAUGACAUUAGUGCUGAUGUUAAUGUUAUCAGUUUUUGGGGGUUUUUUUUUUUGCUGUUUUAUUUCAUAGUAGAAUAGAUUGUUACACAGUUGUGCUUAAAAUCCAUUUACAAAUCUUCUUUUUAUUAGUUUUACAUUUGUGACAAGUUUUUAAAAUACACGGUCUGUUUUCUGUUUUAAUGCAAUAUUUAGUACUUUCAUUUGAAGUGUAAAAUGCUGUAAACCAACUUUAAUUUGCAGAUGAAUGUUUUCGAAAUUCUAGAAAAUUAGUAAUUGCAAACUGCUUAUUUUUUUAUCAUGCAUUAGUGUACGUUUUGUUUUGCUCUUAAAUAAAAUUCAUCAUGCAAAGUUGUUUUACAGUAUUGGUUUGAAUUGUAUCUUUUAUUAAUUUUUUAUACCUGUGUAAACAAGUUUGUAUCUGUCAUGAUAUUUAAGAAUAGAUGAGACAUGCAAGAAUGUUUUAUAAUCAUUUGAAUUAGACUGAACUUUUUUUUUAUGCAUGCAUGAAAUGAAUUAUUAUUGGAAUAGAUAAGAAUGUAAAUUAAACAGUAAAUUAAAAGGCCAAGGUCUAUGAUUUAACUUUCAAAAUAAGUUUUUUCAGUUUGUUUGCUAACAGAGGAUAUACCUGUACAGUGUAUAUCUUAUUUUGUUUGUCUUGUGUGUCCUUAUUGUUGAUGACAGUUUUUGAAUUGUUGGAACAGGGAAUUUUUUUUUAAUGUAGUACCAUGUAUCGGAUUUUGGCACACUAGAUAUGCGUGGUUUUUUGGGGGAUGAAAAAAAAAUUGCCAAAAAUAAAAUCAAUGAAAUUUCUAUCCAUAUACAUGUAAAUUAUAUACUUCUUAGAUGAAACAGCACCGAAAAUUAAAGUACUAAAAGGUCAAACUGAGAAAAACUCGCCAAAUAUUUCCCAUGCCAAAAUUGCCUGAUAAACGAUAACUGGUAGUUGAUAUUAACUUUUAGUUGAUAGUAGAACAGCUGUUUGUUGAUAUUGAUUAAAUGCUUGAAAACAUUGGC